UCGCUAGUUUCAGUCCAGCCUUGUUGUCCAGCCGCCCAUCUGCAGCUCGAAAACAGCUUAAAAAAUAAACCCCUUUCUGAAACACUAAGAGCAAGACGCUAAAAUGAAGAGCAACAUCCUGAGUCGUAUUUUCGUCAUUAUUUUCUGCGCUGUGGUUUUUGUAGCUGUUCUGGUCGUCAACGCGUUGGCCGGAGCUGGCAGAGGUCCUUUCCACUACAGUACAGGCAAUGUGUCGGCCCGCUACGAGACAAACAUUACUCCAGCUGGUUGGACCUUCUCCAUCUGGGGUGUUAUUUACACCUGGCUCACUCUGAUGGUCAUUUACAUCACUUCAUACGUUUUCAGAGGAUCCUGGGCUCAGUCCCUGCUACCCUACAGUUUCUACUUUGCCUGGCUGUGCAGCAUGCUGCUGAACAUGACGUGGCUGGUACUCUGGGAUAUGGAGUUGAUGCUGGCAGCUCUGGUUGUGUUGAUCCUGAUAGCACUUUCCAACUACACUGCUUUGUUCUUCUGCUGCUACGCCACAGAUUAUUAUGGACUGUGGCUGCAGACGUAUCAUAGCAAAGACCUGGCCUGUCUCAGAGUACUGGUCCAGAAUGGUUUGGCUGUCUACACCACGUGGACUUCGAUCGCCUCUCUGAUCAAUUUCGCUUUGGUUCUCCACCUGUGGGGUGUCGACAAGAGCACAGCAGCAACUGCCUCUCUGUGCAUCCUUUUUGCCGAAGUGGUGGGAUGGUUCAUUAUGGAGAACUGGGUUCUGGACCGAUGGGUGCGGAACAUCUUGAUGGUGUACCCAGUGGUGAUCGUGGCUCUGGUUGGAAAYRUCUACAAACAUUUCAACCCAUCUGAUCCCACUCCAAAUUCCAUCUUUAUGGUGGUGCUGCUGGUGUUGGCCUGCAUCCUGUUUGUUUCCCGAUUCUUCACAGUCAUCUGGAGGAACAAGUGGUGGCCCCUCUACUCUCCAGGUUCAGCGAGACUGAUGGUGUCACCCCUCGACGGCAGCAAGUUCAAGAUGUUUUACUGAGAGGAGCCUCCUGUAGGGUUUAAACUCAGACCACAAAAAGUCUUAUUCAUCUGUUUACUCACAACUUUGUUUUGUAAAGAGGUAAAUCUCAUUUUUAAAGUGAGUCUUUGCUGAAACGUGUAAAACAACAGUUCUUUCUUUGGUUACAGUUUAAACAAAGCUUUAGAGCAGAAAUGAUUUCUUUGACAUGGAUUGCAACUAGUUGCUUAGUAGCAAAUUAAUUAAACAAAUGUAUUACUUUUUAAAGGCAAAAUGUUUUUCAUAUUCGGACAUUUCUUAUCUUUUUGCACUUAUUGCUAUUAUGUAUUGUCAAAGUAUUAUGAGCGCCUUAUUUACCGGUGUAAUAUGAAGUACUCAGUUUAGCUAAACUGGUUUGAUGUGCCAAAUAAAACAUUUUGAUAUGUUUUACA